AUGGGUGAAUAGCUAAAUAUUACUAAUGGAGAGUAUUUUAAAUUGUUGGAAAAAGGAGUAAAAAUUACAAGAGGAGCAGUUUAGAAAUAAUAAAAUACUACCGAUUUUCCUAAUCUUACUCAGUAAUUCAAUGAACAAAGUUCUGGGGAAUAAGGAUUGAGUAGCUCUCAUCAUUAAAGUAGCAUGAUAUAGCUUCCUACUCAUACUGAUUAAUUGAAGAAGACUUAAAAAUAAAAAAAAUCUCAUCAUAAAAAAUUACCUAAUUCAUGUACUUCAUGUGCUAAUUAACUUAUUGAGAAUUCUUUAUGUAAUGAGUGUGUAAUUAAAUAUGAGAAAAAUAAAUAUUGUAUUUUAUGCAAAAAAACUAUGUUUGAAAAAGAGAAAGCCGAAAACUUAUUUUAGUGUCGUGAUUGUGGUUUAUAUGUUCAUAAGAAGUGCGAGCCUUUAUUUUAAGAUCGUAAACUUUUUUUGGACUCUUAUAGAUGUCCUAAGUGUAGGGUGGAAUUGAGGAAAAUAAUAUUUUCUGAGCUUAUCAGGUAUUUAACAUAUUUUGAUGAUGAAAAAUUAUUAUGGCAAUAUGAUCCAAGUUCUUAAAAAUAUAAAGAAGUUAUUAAAAAUCCAAUAGAUUUUGAUACUAUUCAUAAGAAGAAUAAAAAGGGUGAAUAUUUAGAUAAUCCUGAAUUUAAGCUUUAUUCAGAUAUUAAAUUAAUGUUGUCUAAUUUUUUGGAGUUCAAUUUAUCAAAUCCAAAAGCUCAUCGUAAAGGAAGUAUAUUAAAGAUCUUAUAUGAUAUUUUGUUUCAGUAGUUUAAAGGUUACUUAAAAUUAACAGAUGAAGAUCUAUUAACUUAUAAGAACAAUAUACAUUUAUUUACUUCUGAAAAUGUUCAAAUGGCUUUUAAAUAAUUUUUGAAUCAUGGAUUUGGAGGAAAAGAUUUGGUAACAAUUGAGGGAAUAAAUAAUUAUAUUCCAUUAUGGGAGCCAUAAUUAUUGAGUAUAACUUAACCAGUACCUUCUAGAAAUGUUAAAAGCAAUUUAAUUUAAUGGGAAAAGACUAUUAAUACAAAUUUAGAUUUUGAAAAUGAGGAUGAACCAUUAAUAAAACUCAAUAUGAUUGAUUUUUUGAAGUAAUAAGUUUAGAGAGAAAUAAAAAUCAAGAUUGAUAUUAAUAAUAUUACACAUCGUCAUCCAUAUUUGGAUUAUUUAUUUAAAUUAGAAUCUCCAUAAUUAACUGAUGAUUCUGUUGAUUCUCCUUAGUUAUAAUAUAUAGUAAAAGAUUUAUUACUUAAAGAUUUAAGUACAGUAAAUUUAGUUUAACCUUUUGCAAUGAAAGUUGGAUGUCUUGAAUUAAUUUUUGAAUAUAUUUGUUGUUCAUGUGGUGGAUAUGAAUUUCUCGAAAAUUUAUUAAUGUGUGAAAAUUGCAAUAAGACAUAUCAUUUCUAUUGUUAGAUAAAUAAUUCUCAAUAUCAUUUUUAAAGGGUAUUAAAAUCUUUAAAUAAAUGGACUUGUAAUAAUUGUGUUAAAUGUAAAGAAUGUGGUAAAUAUGGAUAAAAAAAUGAUUUGUUUUGUUGUAAUUGCAAUGAUUUUUAUCAUUUCUAAUGUAUUUUUAAUAAUUUUAUUGCCCCAACUGAUGGCUUAGAUUAUUGGAGAUGUAAGAAUUGUUUUAAAUGUAUCAAUUGCUAAAAAAAUUAGUUAUUUGAUCCAGAAUAAUUAUAAAAAAUUAAACCAACAACAACAUCAAAUACAGUAUUUAAUUAUAAUUAUUAUAGGUACAUAUAAGUAUAGAAUAUUUUUAAAACUUUAAAUAUUGUUUAAGUUGUGGUCUCAAUGUAGCUGGUUUUAAAUUUUGUUAAUUUUGUGAAGAGUACAUAUAAACUAAUAGUGAUGAAUAAUCUAGUGAAUGCAUUGAAAUUGAGAAUUAAGAAAUUGGAUCAUUGUAUAAACUAUUCUUUCAAGAUGUAAAAUGUAAGUUCAUUGAAUAUCUAUAAUUUUAGAAACUGAUGUUGAAAAAAUAUAUUUAAAUAAGGAAACUAAAUCGAUUAAAUAGUACAAAUAAUGUGUAAAAUGUAAAUAAUUUUAUCAUGUUUCUUGUUUAUUGAAAAACAAAAAAACUAUCAAUAAUGAAGGAAUAUGUUCAGAUUGUUCUUAAGAUAUGUCCUAACUAUUAUUUAAGAUUGAAAAGCUAAAAGAAUAAAGCAUUAGAAAGACUAUAAAAGAUAAAUCAUUAAAAAAAGUAGUACCAGUUGUUUCUAAUUUUUUGGAAUGGACACCUCAAUUAAAUUAGGUUUAAAUAACAUUUAUUAUGGAAAAUUUAGAUUAGUUAGAAGGUCUUGUAUCUAAUUUUUUUUAAUAUUAAUAAAAUAUUGAGAAUAUAAAAGAGGAACUGACGAAUAAUAAAGAUAUUAGUGAUGAAUAUAUUGCAAAAUUAACUUAAUAUUGGUGUGCUCGUUUUAAUUGGUUUGAAGCUCCUAGAUAAUUAUUUACAGUAACUUAAUAAAAACGACAAGAAUUAGUAUAGUUUCAAUUAGAAAAUGACUUUCAUGAGAGAUAACUCUUGAUCCAUUUCUUUAAAUAAAAAAAACAAUUUGUUAUUUUCUCUUUAUAGACUAUACUUGGUUAAAAUAAUUCUCUGUUUUCAUUUAAUAAAGUUAAUCGAUUUGCAUUAGAUACAAUAAGUCUUGUAGCAGAUUUAUAAUGUAGUUUUGUGUAACAUUUAAAAUACGAGAACUAAUUUUAAUAUUUGGAUAACUAAUACUACACAAAUUACUUAAAUAUUUUAGGUUAAUAUGAAAAUUCAAAAUAUCUUAAAAUGUAACUUCUAUAAAAUUAAAAAUAAUAACUUCUUUUCCUUCCAAUUCCAAAUUCAAUUGUCAGAUCGAUUAAGAAAUAGUAUACAUCACAAAUGGUAGAAUUAAAAAAAUAAUCUUCAAAAGAUCAUAUUUUAGUUUAGAAAGGAUGGUUGAAAAUAGCAACAAACUAUUUAAAAUAAAAUAUUCGAUCUUUAAAUGAUAGAUAUUCAGAAACUUAAAUAACAGAAAAAUUUAAAUCAUAUUAAUAAAAUAAUUAAUUAAUAAAAUAAUGUAUUUAAGAAAUAAAAUAGUUACAUGAUAAUAAAAUUUAAGAGGCAGAACAGAUUUUAAUUAAAUAAGAGUAAGAAAUGAAAUAAUAACCAAAGGAGUAAUGUACUAUUUAAACAGAGUUUAUUUAAAAAUAUCCAUAAUAAGAUGAGGAUCAAUUAACAGAAAGUCCAUUGGAUAAAAUAUUUUGUUAAUUAUGUAAAAGAUAAGGAAACAGAAGCAUAAGUGGAAGAUUACUUUAUGUAGAUGAUGUACGUUGGGUUCAUACUAAUUGUGUGAUUUGGAAUGAAGAUAGUAAAGAAUGUGAAUUAACAGUUAAAGCAUUACUUAAAAAUAAUAAUUUUAAAUGUGAAUAUUGUCAAUAAAUAGGAUCUUCAAUAAUUUGUGUAAAAUGUAGAAAAAGAUGUCAUUUUUAUUGUGGGUAUAAAGAAUAAUGGGCAUUCACUCAUAGUAAGAAGGUUUAUUGUUAAUCUUGUUUUGACAAUUAGGAAUAUUGUGUAACACGAUUUAUGAUAUGGAGAAAAAUAGUUGUAUAAUAAAAAUAAGAUAAAAAAUCUUAAACAGUUCUUCAUCGAUAUUCUAAUACAAUUUUGAUUGCUUUAAAACCAUCAGAAUAAAGAGGAUAAUUUGAAGAAUUAAAUUUAUUAACAUUAAGAAAUAAAAUUUUAUACAUUUCAUUAAAUAUGAAAGAAUUUAAAAUUAGAUAUACUGAAGUAAAUAAAUAACAAUUUCUUAAAGAAUGUGAAAAGAGUGACAAAAAUAGAUAAUUACAAUUUUCAGUUACUAAAUUGAUUUUGGAUAAAUAUCCUUAUAAAGAAUAUAAAGUUUAAAAUUUAUAAUAAUUAUUGGAUUCUUUUAAAGAUAAUAAUAUUUAAGGGAUAGAAUUUACAGAAAAUUUAGGUGAAUUUUUUAUGUUAUACACAUAAUAAGUUAGACAAUAAUUGUUAGAUACUAAAAACAUAUAAAAGAUGUGUAAUUCAGUAUGUUAAUUCAGUUAUUUUAAAGAAUGGUUUUAUUAACAAUAGUUUGUUGAAGAUCUUCCUUUGGAUGAAAGAACACAAAUCUUAUAAUAGAUAAGUAGAGUAAUAUCUGAAACUUAAGUAAAUAUAAAUACUUUGUAUGAUAAUCAUCCAAUGUUAUAUGAUAAUCUUCCAACAAUAAAACAUUAAAAUAGUAAAUUAUCAAGAAAAGACCCCCAAUAAAAAAUAGUAACAAUAAAUCCAAAUGACAUAUUAGAAGAAGCUAAUCUAUUAACUGAAGAAUUGAAGUAAAUAGAUAAAUAAGAAGAAUUAGAAAAAAAAUUAAAAUAAGAAUCUAAAAAUUAGAAACAAAAGAAUAAACUUUAUGUAGCACCCUCUCAUAUACAUAAAUAUGGACUUUUUACUAAAUAAGAGUAAUUUUAUAAUAAUAUGUUUAGUUUUAAAAAAGGAGAUUUUGUAAUUGAAUAUACUGGAGAAGUUAUUAGAAAUGCACUUGCAGAUUAUAGAGAGUUAACUUAUAAUGAAUAAGGAUUUGGGGAUUGUUAUAUGUUUAGAGCUUCAAAAACUAAAGUAAUUGAUGCAACCUUUAAAGGAUCAGAAGCUAGAUUUUUAAAUCAUAGUUGUCAAGUAAUAUAUUAUUUUAUUAUAGCCUAAUUGUGAUUCAUUAUUAUUAGAUGAGAAGAUAUUAAUAUAUGCUAAAAAAGAUAUAUAAGUAGGAGAAGAAUUGACUUAUGAUUACUAAUUUGAAAUUGAAGCAGAAUCAUAAAAAAUAUAAUGCAGCUGUGGAGCUAAGAAUUGUAUUGGUAGAUUAAAUUGA